UAGCAUUUUUUUUUGCGUUGUUGAUUCCAUCUUCCUUGGCCAUUCCAUGUCAUCCGUGAUGCAAUGGAAUAGCUUCAAAAGACGCGCUUAGAACGUUGUCCAAGGCACCCUACGUCGGCCUUUAAAGAAAAUAGAAAAUGCAUGUACGUCAUCGCAAACUGAUAGUAUUGCCUUAUCUGUAAACUUGUCUAUAAGAGAAACGAAUCAGCCAAACCAUUCGUCGCUCUCGUGGAAUGUUUCAUUAUUCUGCCAAAAGUCUGCCAAACUCUAUGAAAUUCCCUUUCACGUACGAUUAUCAACUUUCUUAUGAGUUAUGAAACUACACGUCGACCAGGUCAUUAAAUCAGAGUCCUGGAUACCAUAUUCGGUUUCAUGGUUAUCUGAUCGGGGACAUGGUAGUUUUUCUCACGUGUUCUUCUAUGUACUGUUUAUCUGCACCCCAUGGCUGGACAUGUAUGGGGCUGUAUUUAUACAUACACAUGAGAGAACAAAAGGACACUCACUUGACAAACAUAACACUUGUCCCCAAACCAGACAUGGAUAUGAGAAGAGCUUUUGCCUGCACCAUGCUACUGGCGGCAAUGUCGCCUCUUUCGGCGUCGAGCAAACUCUACAUAGUGUACAUGGGGGGGAAGAAACAUGACGAUCCAUCCAUGGUCACCGAGUCGCACCACGACGUACUAACUUCCGUCUUUGGAAGCAAAGACGAAGCCAUGAAGUCGAUAGUCUACAGCUACAGGCACGGAUUUUCUGGCUUCGCCGCCAUGCUCACCGAAUCUCAAGCUGCCACACUUGCAAAAUGUUCUGAUGUUGUCAGUGUGAGGCCCAACAUUUACCACGAGGCGCACACAACUCGGAGCUGGGACUUCCUCGGCCUUGACUACGACCAACCGCGGGAGGAUUCAGGCCUCCUGCAAAAGGCAAAGUACGGUGAAGAUGUCAUCAUCGGGGUGAUCGAUUCAGGGAUAUGGCCUGAAUCACGAAGCUUCGACGACAGCGGCUACGGUCCGGUACCGGCGAGGUGGAAAGGCACAUGCCAAGCCGGCCAGCAGUUCGACGCCACGAGUUGCAACAGAAAGAUCAUCGGCGCACGAUGGUUCAGCGAUGACAUGAGUGAUGAGGAGCUCAAGGCCGAGUACAUGUCGCCCAGGGACCUCAGCGGCCACGGCACGCACGUCGCCUCGACGAUCGCCGGCGGACAGGUUUCGAACGUGAGCUACGGAGGCCUUGCCGCCGGGGUGGCACGCGGCGGGGCGCCACGCGCCAGACUGGCAAUCUACAAGGUGCUGUGGGGGCCACGUGGAUCGGGCUCCCACGCGGGGGUCCUUGCGGCCCUCGACCACGCCAUAGACGAUGGCGUGGAUGUCCUGUCACUCUCGCUGGGACAGGCAGGCAGCGAGCUCUUUGAGACGCUGCACGCCGUCGAGAGAGGGAUCUCCGUCGUGUUCUCUGCCGGGAACGGCGGACCUGUGCCGCAAACGGCGUGGAAUGCAGUGCCUUGGGUCACCACGGUUGCUGCGAGCACCAUAGACCGGACUUUCCCUACACUGAUAUCGCUCGGGAAUAAACAAAUGUUGAUGGGGCAAUCUCUUCACAACAAUGCAUCUAUGAACAUCAGUGACUUUAAGGCCCUUGUUUACACGAGGAGCUGUAGCAUGCAGUCGCUUGCGUCAAGCAACAUCACGGGUAAAAUUGUUCUGUGCUAUGCACCGGCAGAGGCAGCCAUUACACCACCUCGACUAGCACUUCCUAUUGUCAUAAAUCGUACAAUGGAAGCCGGCGCGAAGGGCCUUAUCUUUGCACAAUAUGAUGCCAACAUCCUCGACAUCUUGACCAUGUGUAAAGGCAACAUGGCAUGUGUAGUGGUGGACUUCGAAAUCGCGCACACAAUUCUCACAUAUUUGGAUAAAACAAAAAAUCCAGUGAUGAAGGUGUCUCGUGCUAUGAGUGUUAUUGGGAACCAAGUGUUGUCGCCGAUGGUCGCCUCAUUCUCAUCAAGAGGCCCGAGUGCCGCGUUCCCAAGAAUACUCAAGCCGGAUGUUGCCGCACCCGGGGUCAGCAUCUUGGCAGCCAAGGGCAACACUUAUGUGUUCAUGUCCGGGACAUCCAUGGCGUGUCCGCAUGUAUCCGCGGUGGUCGCACUGCUUAAGUCAGCUCACCCGGAUUGGUCUCCUGCCAUGAUAAAGUCUGCCAUCAUCACCACAGCUUCCGUGAUCGAUCAUUUCGGUGUGCUGAUCCAAGCAGAGGGUGUCCCGAGGAAACUAGCCGACCCAUUCGACUUUGGCGGUGGCCAUAUAGAUCCAGAUAAGGCCGUUGACCCUGGCUUGGUUUACGACAUGAAUGCAAGAGAUUACAACAAGUUCUUAAAUUGCACCGAUGAAUUGUUAGACAACUGUAAGUCCUAUAUCAGCAAUCUUAACCUCCCAUCAAUCGCCAUGCCAGACCUCAAAGACAAUAUCACAGUCCGGCGCACUGUCAUGAAUGUCGGGCCAGUUGAAGCAACUUACCGAGUGACGGUUGAGGCUCCCACAGGGGUAAUCGUAACUGUGGAGCCAUCUAUGAUCAGUUUUACAAGAGGUGGUAGCAAAAGCAUGAUGUUUACGGUGAUGUUCACAUCAAGGAAGAGAGUGCAAGGUGGGUACACCAUUGGGAGUUUGACAUGGUCGGAUGAAAAUACCCACUCAGUGAGAAUACCUAUUGCAGUGCAAACUGUAGUACAAGACUUUGUGAGAGAUACAUCAUAAAUUCAACUAUGUAUAUACCUUAUUCAUGCACUCGAAUGAUUGUCAUAUGAAUUGUCGAAAAACAUUGAAUAUCCUAUAUAUACAUCAUUAGGAAAUGUACUACUUAUAUUUUAAUUCUUGGUUGUGAAGAGACUGCUAUAUCUUUCUGCUUUACAGUUGGUUUAAGUGCUCACUUAUGUAGAUUAUAACAAAAUAGCAAAAUUCAGAAAAUUAGUCCCUUGUUUUAAAUCUGUAAAAUCGAUUAUCUUUACUUGGGUUUUGGGAGUCUAUUUUUUUCUUAUUUAGUACGGCACUUACUACAAUUGUACCAAACGAGAGAAUCCAACAUUUUCAUCUGUCUUCUAACAGUUUGAGGAAAAAUUAUAAUUGCAACAUGAAAACAAACAAAACUAAACUCAAAGAGUCAAACC